CAGUGAUUUAUCUCCAGCUUCUGCUCUCAAGCGCGCUUCACAGCGCCCAUUACACAACGAAAAUUGAUCAGCAUAAAACACGCCUUCCUUUUCCCAUACCACGCUGCACCACCAUGAAUAAAACGACACUGCACUGGAGCUAUCUUAACUUCAAAGAUGUGCCCAUGGACCUGUAUCUAUACGAAGAUCUCGAAGAGGUGUACCUGAAGGAGAACUUUAUCACCACCAUUCCCAAAUGGCUGUUGAAUGUUACAACUUUAAAGUUCAUACACUUGGCAGGCAAUAAUCUCAACGCGCUUCCCGAAGAAAUGUACUUGUUGGAAAAUCUGGAAUUUCUUGAUGUCUCGAAUAAUCAGAUACGUGAGCUCCCAAAAACUAUUGGGUUGAUGGACCGGCUGCAGCGUUUUAAUGUGAGUGGCAACGAACUGACGGAACUGCCCGCUGAAAUUGGUGCGUUAAAACAACUGGAAGAACUAAACCUUUCCAAGAAUCACCUUAAACGUCUGCCAAUUCAACUAAGCGAGUGUCAACGGCUACACGAACUCAACCUCAGUGAUAAUGUCAAUAUCUGGCAUAUACCCGAACGAAUCUCUUACUUGCCUUCCCUACAAUCACUCUCAGCAGAUCGUUGCGCGCUCAUUUAUCUUCCGGUUGCGCUCUCCAAGUUUCUCAACCAUGUGCGCAUCUUUCACAACACAUCCAUUACACAUGUGCCUAUGAUUUACGAAAAGUUCUUCCAAACUUUCUAUGAUAAUCGUUCGAAAGCAACACCAAUGUCGGUGUCGCACGAUAGUUUCUUCUGGGUGUUAGAGAAAGAAACCAAUACCAGUUUAUUGCUACCUUUUGGAACCCGUCGUAUCUUUAGCGUACCAUCGCUGGACAACCAAGUAACGCUGUACGAUGACUGUAUUCGAGCGGUUCAAUAUCUGGGACGCUUUAUGCCCUUGUGGGAGAAUGUGGCGCUGAAGCAAAUGCUACCUGAAAAGUACAUUUAUGAUCAUAUAGUCAAUGGACCCACCGCUCGUUGUACGAUGUUCAAUUGCUCCAAUCCGCUGUAUACUACUUACUACUUUAUGGCUGUGAAAAGACGUGGUAGUACAUCGAAGCAAAUUUUUACCUGUUACUUUUGCUCAAAUCACUGUGCGAACUUAUGGCUGAUGGACAACGGGAAAAAGUAUUAUCAGCUGGACUGGGAGGUUUGUGAUCUUUAAAGCGUCUUAGUAAAAAAUAGAAGUCUAUGUAAAUAUUAAUUAAGGGAAGUAAA